UCUUGCAAGGAACUAGACACGGCAACAUAUAAACAUCUCAUGUAUUUCUCUAUCUUAACCUUGCUAGACCAAGAUACCAAAAUGUCAAUAAAGUAAUGCAUGAGCCGAACUAAAUACUUUUACAAACAUGUGGAAUUAAUUUGUAUAAAUUUUGAAAAGAUCUUGAAUUUCCAGCCAAGCCAAACACGAGCCCAUCAUGAAUGAUUAUUCUGAAAUGGGAGAAAUUAAUGGUGGUCAUCCAAGUAUUCAUCAAUUUCAUGCCAAUGACACAUCAAUUACACUUCUAGUUGUGUUCAUGCCUUCUAAUUUGAAACUUUCCCAUUUUUAUUUCACAUUACUUGAGUAAGGUUGAAGACACUGAAAAUGUGAAACAAUUUUAAAUCUAAAGCAUGCCAAGACUGUUUUGAAAGAAACCUUUAUUUUAACUACUCACAACUUUUAUAAAAUCCGAUGAAAACGAGAUUCUCUGCAUAAACGAAUCACAUUUUCCCAGCCCAAAUUACCAAUUGUAAAGGAGAAUAAUCUUUCAAGAAUUCCUUUUUCAUCUCAAGAAUACGGCAUGGGUGUAAUGGUGCUGGUUUUCUGCAUGCUCUUUUCAUGGAUCUUCCUUCACAGGUUUAAGCAGAGGCAUGCCAAAGGUCCAAAAACGUGGCCAUUUUUGGGGGCUGCCAUAGAACAGCUGAUGAAUUAUCACAGAAUGCACGACUGGCUUGUCAAAUACCUGGCUCGGUCGAGAACGGUAGUCGUGCCAAUGCCUUUCACAACAUAUACAUACAUUGCAGAUCCAACUAAUGUGGAGCAUGUCCUGAAAACAAGCUUCUGCAAUUAUCCAAAGGGUGAAGUAUACCAUUCAUACAUGGAAGUUCUGCUUGGAGACGGUAUUUUCAAUGCAGAUGGUGAGCUCUGGAGGAAACAGAGGAAGACUGCUAGUUUUGAGUUUGCUUCCAAGAACUUGAGGGAUUUCAGCACCGUGGUUUUCAGAGAGUAUAGCCUCAAACUCUCUGCCAUUCUGAGCCAAGCAUCUUACAGCAAUCAGCAAGUAGAUAUGCAGGAACUUCUAAUGAGAAUGACUCUAGACUCAAUAUGUAAGGUGGGAUUUGGUGUGGAAAUAGGAACAUUGGCUCCCAAUUUACCAGACAAUCUUUUUGCCAAGGCCUUUGAUACUGCAAACAUUAUAGUAACUCUUAGAUUCAUUGACCCUUUGUGGAGAGUCAAGAAAUUCUUUAAUGUGGGAUCAGAAGUUAUCCUUGAUCAGAGUAUUAAAACUGUUGAUGAUUUUACAUACUCUGUCAUCCAGAGGAGAAAAGCAGAAAUAGACAAAGCCAGAGAGUAUAAUAAAGAUGAAAAGAUCAAGCAUGACAUAUUGUCAAGAUUCAUUGAACUGAGCAAAGAUCCCGAAAACAAUAUGAAUGAUAAAAGCCUGAGAGAUGUUGUCCUAAACUUUGUAAUUGCGGGGCGUGAUACCACUGCUACAACACUUGCGUGGGCUAUCUACAUGAUAAUGUCCCAUGAAGGUGUUGCAAACAAGCUUUACUCAGAACUAAAAUUUUUUGAAGAACAUAGUGCAAAAGAGGACAUCUCAUUAGAUACGUAUCAUACAGAGGGUCCAGAAUCAUUCAAUCAGAGAGUAGAGAAAUUUGCAGGACUUUUGAACUAUGAUUCCUUAGGGAAACUGUAUUAUUUGCAUGCUGUGAUUACAGAAACACUUCGAUUAUACCCAGCAGUUCCCCAGGAUCCCAAAGGCAUAUUAGAAAAUGAUGUUUUACCAGAUGGAACCAAAGUAAAGGCUGGAGGCAUGGUGACAUAUGUACCAUACUCUAUGGGAAGAAUGGAGUACAAUUGGGGUCCAGAUGCAGCUUCAUUCAAGCCUGAGAGGUGGCUCAAAGAUGGGAUCUUCCAAAAUGCAUCUCCAUUUAAAUUCACUGCAUUUCAGGCAGGACCAAGGAUAUGCCUUGGGAAGGAUUCAGCAUAUCUCCAGAUGAAGAUGGCACUGGCCAUUUUAUGUAGAUUCUAUGAAUUCAAAUUGGUUCCAGGACAUCCAGUGAAGUACAGGAUGAUGACAGUUCUGUCUAUGGAAAAUGGAAUGAAGCUAACAGUCUCCAAACGAUAGUAAUUUCUUGAGAAGACACAAAUCGAGAAGUGUCUGUUUACAUUGGUCCAGAUAGAAACAAGCAAAGGUCUCAUGUAGACUUCGGGACUUCAUAAAGGCCGCAGUACAAUCAAAAUCAACGAGGGAAACUAUGUAUUUGAACUGUUAACAUAUGUAUGUUUAAACUAGUUUUAGCAUUGCUGAACUCUUCAAAAAUCCGAAGUAUAAAUCUUUUGUGUUCAAGCCA